AUGCCGAGACGGCUUAAAUAUGACCAAACUACAAAUGAAGAAACGUCCACUCGUAGUUUUGCUAAUGAUAAAACAAAAUUAUCUUCCACUACUAUAUCAAAUACGUCUUCUGUAACUUUCGACUAUCGAAGGAAUGACAGUUCUUUAAGUGAUACUUUUCCAACUCUUGUUGAAGAUUCAAACCAAAAUCGGGGACCAACUUAUAGCACUUCUGAUGUGUCAUCUUCCGGAAAAUUGAAUUUGAAUACUCUUGGAGAUGUUGAAACUGUGACACAAACAGACAAUACUACGGACUCAGAGACGAAUAGGAAUAACUUAAAGGAAGAAGGCACUAGAUCAAAACCUCGAUCAAAAUUUAAUUUGGGCAAGUGGUUUCGACGUAAGAAGGAUCCAGAAAUGAAUAUGCUUUCUCGAGCGGAGAAAGAUGCACUGAAGUAUGAAAGAGUGAAAGCAAAGUUAAUGGUAUGGGCGGAUAGAACCACGUUUCACGGUGUGGAUGUUCUUGCAGAAACGCCUGUGGGCUGGAAAAAAAUUCUUGUUUUCCUAAUGUUGGCGCUGAUGUGUGUUCUCUGCUGGAUAUGUGUUUUAAAAAUGGUUUUCAUUUUUCUUAACAGACCAAUAAACACAGUGAUCGUUAAAGAUGCCAGUGAAUUUCACUUUCCGGCCAUUACGGUGUGCCCGGAUAGUCCCUUCUCAAUGGCUCAGUUAACGGAAUCUGGUGUCCUCGAUGAAUUCACAGGAUUCGCUCAAAAUUGGACUCAAAUGGCACCAAACACAAGUACUCCUGAUCAUGAUGUAUUUCCGCAGCUCGAAGGGGACUGGCGUCAAAGAACAAAAUACUCCUUUUUCCCCAUCUAUGCAACUACUCCAGAUCUUCACGUCAAGUGGGGAGAGUACUUCGUGGCCUGUCAAUUCAAUGGAAGAGCCUGUCCAGAAUUACAUAAAAAUUCAUCAGAUGAGGGAGAGAUUCUUGUUGGUACCGGAGAUGGCUAUAGUGGAAAGAAUGAUUCAUCGAAUUCAGGAAUCUUCCUUGGCUUCGCCGAUUGGAUUUUGGAUCCUGGUAGAACCUAUGGCUACCUGAAUACUUCACUAGACAUCAGAAAUGAGUACCUUAAGACCACCUUUCAAAUGCCGAAGUCGAUAAAAUGGCCUAGAUCUCCUGUCGUGAUUACUCAUCCAGCGAAAUAUCAGUGUUUUCAAAUCCGCAUGGAUAUGAAAAGGGUUAAAAGAGCUGGUUCAAGAGCAGGGCUUCAUUUGAUUUUUAGAAGACCGUACAAUAGAACAACACUUCCAGCCUUGCUUCAUGUUGACGCUGAUGCUAGCCUCUAUCAAGGUUGGACUGAUCACACGGGCUCCAUUAACGAGGAAGAUGCCGGUUUGGCCAGCGAAAUGGAUGGAAUGCAAGUUUUGCUCCAUGAUGUUGCAAGGAAUGACAUGUCGGUCAUUUCCGGUAGAGAUUUGCCUUCCACAGGCGAUGCUCGAUCAGUGGUUCGUACUUCUGUCCGAUAUGGACAGCAAAUUGUGGUCACUCUCUCGCAAUUCAUCCACGAACGCCUGCAUUCUUAUUUUCGCCCAUGCAAGAAUUACAUCCCUCCAAUAGUCUACCUCGAUGUCGGAGCAUUCAUAAAAAGUCAACAGCGUAAAGCUAUCAGUGUGGCGUACACAAAAAGCAAUUGUAUUGCAGCUCUACGUUCAUCUGUGAUUCAGCGUUGGUGUGGCUGUGUCUCGGAGACCUCGAUGGUUCCCCUAUUCCUGGCUGACAAUCUUGAAACUCAGGGUUUCUGUCAUAAUCUAAGUAGACCCAAUGUCUCAGAGACGGUGGCCUGUCAUGACAAAGUCAUGCGAUUGUCGGAUGAAGAGGCAAGUGUCAUUCUAAAUUGCUUAUUUAUGAUUAUAUCAAUUAGCUGGCGUUUUGAUGGUUACCAUUAG